AUGCCCCCGGCGCUCGCCCUGGCGCUGCUGCUGCUGCUCGCGGCGCACCCCGGGGCGCGCGGCCGGAACCUCAAGUACAGGAUCUACGAGGAGCAGCGCGUGGGCUCGGUCAUCGCCCGGCUCGCCGAGGACGUGGCGGACGCGCUGGUGAAGCCGCCCCACCUGCCCGUGCGCUUCCGAGCCAUGCAGCGGGGGAGCGCGCCGCUGCUGGCGGUCAGCGAGGACACGGGCGAGAUCCGCAUCGGGGCCAAGAUCGACCGCGAGCAGCUGUGCCAGAAGAACCUGAACUGCUCCAUCGAGUUCGAUGUCAUCACGCUGCCCACCGAGCACCUGCAGCUCUUCCACGUCGAGGUGGAGGUGCUGGACAUCAACGACAACGCCCCGCAGUUCGCCCGCGCGCUCAUCCCCAUCGACAUCUCCGAGAGCGCCGCGGUGGGGACGCGCAUCCCCCUGGACAGCGCCUUCGACCCGGACGUGGGGGACAACGCCCUGCACACCUACGCGCUCGCCGCCAACGACUUCUUUGACAUCGAGGUGCGCACCAGGACCGACGGCGCCAAGUACGCGGAGCUCAUCGUGGUCCGGGAGCUGGACCGCGAGCGGGAGGCCAGCUACGAGCUCCAGCUCACCGCCUCCGACAUGGGGGUGCCGCAGAGGUCCGGCUCCUCGCUCCUGAAGAUCAGCAUUUCCGACUCCAACGACAACAGCCCGGCGUUUGAGCGCCCGUCCUACAUCAUCCAGCUCCCGGAGGACGCCCCGGUGGGCACGCUGCUGCUGGACCUCAACGCCACCGACCCGGACGAGGGCGCCAACGGGAAGAUCGUCUACUCCUUCAGCAGCCACGUGUCCCCCAGAAUUAUGGAGACCUUUAACAUCGACCCAGAAAGGGGACAUUUGACGCUUUUCAAGCAGGUGGAUUAUGAGCUCACCAAGUCCUACGAGAUUGAUGUGCAGGCGCAGGAUCUGGGUCCGAACUCCAUCCCAGCGCACUGCAAGAUCAUCAUCAAGGUGGUGGACGUGAAUGACAACAAACCCGAAAUCAACAUCAACUUCAUGUCCCCCGGCAAGGAAGAAAUCUCGUAUGUUUUUGAAGGGGAUCCCGUGGACACGUUUGUGGCUCUGGUCAGGGUUCAGGACAGGGACUCUGGGCCGAAUGGGGAAGUGGUGUGUAAGCUCCACGGACACGGCCACUUUAAACUUCAGAAGACGUACGAGAACAAUUAUUUAAUCUUGACAAACGCCACCCUGGAUAGAGAAAAGAGAUCCGAGUACAGUUUGACUGUCAUCGCCGAGGACAAGGGAAGCCCCAGUCUCUCCACCGUCAAACACUUUACCGUCCAGAUCAAUGACAUCAACGACAACGUGCCCCACUUCCAGAGAAGUCGAUACGAGUUUGCCAUCUCGGAGAACAACUCCCCCGGCGCUUACAUCACCACCGUGACAGCCACCGACCCUGACCUUGGAGAGAACGGGCAAGUCACCUACACGAUCUUGGAGAGUUUCAUCCUGGGCAGCUCCAUCACCACAUACGUGACCAUCGACCCCUCCAACGGGGCCAUCUACGCCCUCCGCAUCUUCGAUCACGAAGAAGUGAGCCAGAUCACGUUUGUGGUGGAAGCGAGAGAUGGAGGGACCCCCAAGCAACUGGUCAGCAAUGCCACCGUCGUGCUCACCGUCAUUGACGAAAACGACAACGUGCCUGUGGUCAUCGGGCCGGCUCUGCGCAACAACACCGCAGAGGUCUCCAUCCCCAAAGCGGCCGAAAGUGGCUUUCACGUCACAAGAAUAAGGGCGAUUGACAGGGACUCCGGCCUGAACGCUGAGCUCAGCUGCUCCAUCGCGGGAGGGAAUGAGGACAACAUCUUCGUCAUCGACCCUCGAACGUGUGACAUCCACACCAAUGUGAGCGUGGAGGCCCUUCCCUACACGGACUGGGAGCUCUCGGUCAUCAUCCAAGACAAGGGCACGCCUCCGCUGCACACCAGAGUCCUCCUGAAGUGCACCAUCCUUGACUACGCGGAGUCGGUGACCAGCACGGCCAUGACCUCCGUGAGCCAGGCGCCCUUGGACGUCUCCAUGAUUAUAAUCAUCUCCUUAGGCGCCAUCUGCACGGUCCUGCUGGUUAUCAUGGUGCUGUUCGCCACGAGGUGUAACCGAGAGAAGAAGGACACCAGGUCCUAUAACUGCAGGGUCGCAGAAUCGACUUACCAGCACCACCCGAAGAGACCGUCCAGGCAGAUUCACAAAGGGGACAUCACGCUGGUGCCCACUGUGAAUGGCACCCUGCCCAUCAGGUCUCACCACAGGUCCUCUCCGUCUUCAUCUCCCACCUUGGAACGGGGGCAGAUGGGGAGCCGGCAGAGCCACAACAGCCACCAGUCGCUCAACAGCUUGGUGACAAUCUCUUCGAACCACGUGCCAGAGAACUUCUCAUUGGAACUCACCCACGCCACUCCCGCCGUUGAGGUCUCCCAGCUUCUCUCAAUGCUCCACCAGGGCCAGUACCAACCGAGGCCAAGUUUUCGAGGCAACAAAUACUCCAGGAGCUAUAGAUACGCCCUCCAAGACAUGGACAAAUUUAGCUUGAAAGACAGUGGCCGCGGGGACAGCGAGGCGGGAGACAGUGAUUAUGAUUUGGGGCGAGAUUCUCCCAUAGACAGACUGCUGGGCGAAGGAUUCAGCGACCUGUUUCUCACAGAUGGAAGAAUCCCAGCAGCCAUGCGGCUGUGCACCGAGGAGUGCCGCGUGCUGGGGCACUCAGACCAGUGCUGGAUGCCACCACUGCCCUCGCCCUCCGCGGACUACCGGAGCAACCUGUUCAUCCCUGGUGAGGAGUUCCCAGCCCAGCCCCCGCAGCAGCCUGCGCACCCCGGCCUGGAGGACGACCCCCCGCCCGCGGAUCCCAGCCAGAAGAAGAAGAGUUUCUCCACCUUCGGGAAGGACGCCCCCAGCGACGAGGACGCGGGGGACAGCAGCGCCUCCUCCCUGCUCUCGGAGAUGAGCAGCGUGUUCCAGCGCCUGCUGCCCCCCACGCUGGACGCCUGCACCGAGUGCCCCGACGGCGAGCGCACCAACUCGCUGGAGCACCGCAAGGGCCCAGCGCCCCCCAAGACGGCGGGCUACCCCCCGGGGGUGGCGGCCUGGGCCGCCAGCACGCACUUCCAGAACCCAGCCACCAGCUCGGGGCCAGCGCUGGGGGCGCACUCCAGCGUGCAGCCAUCCGCCAAGUGGCUGCCCGCCAUGGAGGAAAUCCCCGAAAACUACGAAGAGGAUGAUUUUGACAAUGUGCUCAACCACCUGAGCGACGGGAAGCACGAGCUUAUGGACGCCAGCGAGCUGGUGGCCGAGAUCAACAAGCUUCUGCAGGACGUGCGCCAGAGCUGAGCUGCCCUCCUCAGGGUGCCGCCCCCCCAACUCCCAGUCAAGGGGGCGCGGGCCGGGGAGCUGGCCUUGCCAAAUCGUUGCAUUUAUCAUAAAUGUGUCUGUGUAUAUUGAAUAUUAAAUACUGUAUUUUCGUAUGUACACAAUGCAAGUGUGAUUAUUUUAAUCUGUAUUUUAAAAAUACAUUUGUACCUUAUAUUUAUGUGUAAUUUAACAGACAGAUUUUAUUUUUUUACUCCCAUGACAAACAUGUUUUCCUAAUCAUGUAGAAACUAGCCAUCCUGCCGAUCCGAUCAGCCGUUCAACCACAAAGCUAAGCCCAGCAUUGCUUCCAUGAGUUAUAUGGGGCAAGAAGUUGUUUUUCUCUAGGGACAACCCCACUAAAGCAUUAUACAAUUCCUAGUUCCAUGAAGUGACCCAACUUGUUUUUUCAAUAUUUAAAAAAAAUAAGUAUCAGUAAAAAUGCUACACUCAUUUAUUAUUAUUAUUAUUAUUAUUAUUAUUAUUAUUACUGCUCUCUGCUUGUUCUGAUAGUUCAACUCUCACAGCAAACUUGAAACAGAAGGUGAAAUUUUCUUUCAUGUCUGGGACGUGUCUUAUGCAAUUAUGAGAACAGGACUACAGUGGCUCCUCCUCCGCUCCCCGGCCCCUACAGCUCAAGAAUAGUCACAGUGGCCUGUUCUUGGGAAAUUUCUCCCAAAGUAUCACUGCCUAUUCUAAAUCAAGGAAAAUGGAAUCUGCCCCUUAAACGAAUAACACUCAUUUCAAGGGUCCAGCAUUCUCUGCAUGACCCCUCCCCGGCAGUACAUACAAUUGAAUUAUUCUGAAUUCUAUUUGAAUCUGCCCCUCUCACCAUACUUGAACAUUUUCUCUUUGGCAAUAUUAUUUGUUCUAACUAUUUACUAUUAGCUUUUGUGUAGUGCAUGAGCUCAUAUUUUUGCUUUUAUAUUUAGUAUAAGAACAUUGAUAUAAUUCCAUUUUUGUUAUUCCAAUUGUUUUAUUUGUUGCGUGACAAACCACAAAUGCUUUAUUUAUUGUGCUGUUCUCUCUCUGUGUGGAAUUGCCUUGGUGAGGAUGAUUGUUAUAACGACUGUUCUCAUUUAUGACCAAGCUUCUAUUAAUGUUAUUUCUAUGAAUAUGCUAUCUUGAUUGUACUCUCCAAAAAAUUUGACUGUCGAUGAAAAUAAAAGGAAAAUUAAAGCAAAGCUAAGGAACUGUUCACGUAUCCAUCCUAGUCCCACAUAUAGGUUCAAAAACUUUGCAGGCAGCAUCCCCUUCAAGAGAGGGUAGCUCAGGGACAGGGACAGAACACUCGCUUGGCUGAGCAAACAGGAAAAACACAGCAAUGAAGGGGGGAACUUGAGACCCCCCAAAGGGAAUGAAAGUAGCCUAGGUAUUCCCACUGGAUUCAAGAAUUUAAAUGCAUUUGGAGCAUAACCGCAAUGAAAAAAAUCAAACCAUAACUACUU